AUGAGUUGGGCAGGUUUCAAGAAGUCCGUUAAUAGGGCCGGGACGACCCUGCUGCAAAAAACUGGACAAAUUGAAAGGACCGUCGACCGAGAAUUUGCGGAUGAAGAGGCAAAAUACCGCAUAUUCGAGAAGGAAUGCCAGGCUCUCCAGAAGGAUAGCAAGGCUUAUUGGGAUGCAAUGCGAGCCAUGACCGCCGCUCAAAGUCGAAUAGCUGAGACAUUGGAGACAUUCUACAGCGCGGCUGAUCGGACAUCUGAGGGUGCAAUGGCGGGCCACGCCUACAAACGAUCUGUGGAUGACUUGGACACCACAUUCACACGCGAGCUUGAUGUUCCAUACCGAACAACCAUUUCCGAGCCACUUGGGAAAAUGUGUGCUUAUUUCCCGGUCGUAAACGAGCACAUAGCCAAACGAAACAAGAAGCUGUUGGAUUAUGAUUCUGCCAGAAGCAAAUUGAAAAAACUCAUUGACAAGCCCAGUGAGGAUCCCACGAAGCUGCCCAAGGCACAACAAGAGAACGACGAAUGCAAGGAGAUGUUUGACAUGCUAAAUGAUCAACUAAUUGCAGAACUGCCUCAGCUCUUGGAUCUUCGGGUACCCUACUUCGAUCCCAGCUUCGAGGCUAUGAUUCGCAUGCAAGCCAAAUUCGCUGAAGAGGGCUAUGAGAAGCUCAGCGGCGUUCAGCGUUAUUUUGCUGAUAACGUGAGAGACGAUUACGCGGCUGGACAAUUGGAUGCUCAGGUCGAAGGUAUACUUCAGGAAAUGCGGGAACUUUCAAUCUGUGGAGGAAAUUAG